AAAAUAUAUUCAAGAUGGGGACCCAAGUUUUGAUUCUCAAACGACAAACAUCGCAAAAAAGUUCAUUUUAGGAGUGUUUUAAGAUCAUUUACGAAUUACAACAUCAGAUAAGAAAGUUUUUUCUGCAAUAAUUCAUGAAUCUAAAGCUAUGGAAAACACAAAGGACACUAAUUGUAUAGUUUGGGAGAGUUCAAUUAUGGUUAAACAGGAAUUGAGUGACGAAAUCAUAACAUUUAUGGACAUGAAAUCAGAUGAAACAUCAGAAGGAGUACAAAGAAAUAUAUCAACACUCUUUUCAAAUUCUGAAGAUAUAAAGCAAAAUGUAUCAACACAAUUUUCAACUGUUAAAGACAAAUACUUGGAGGAAACAAUGCUAUUUUUAGCUUUAGAAGAUAAAAAUCUUGAUAAAACAAAACCUUUGUUUAAUUUAGAAGAGAUGAAACAAAAUAACCCAACAUCAUUUUCAUCUUCUGAAGACAUGAAACCAAAUAAAUCAACAGCAUUUUCAAUUUUUGAAGAUAUAAAACCUGAGAUAUUAACAAUUUCAUCUUUGGAGAGUGAACAACAAAAUGGUUUCAAAGCACAGCAACAACUUUCUUCCCCACCAGAUUCAACUGAUUUUAAAGAAAAUUUUGCAGUUUUAAAAUCAGAUCUUCAAUAUGAAUUAAAAGAACUCAAGUUAUUGCAUACAAAAUUGAUUGAUAAUCUUCCAACAGAAUAUCUGAUUAGCAAUAAGGGACUGAAGACAUACAAGUGUGAUAUGUGUUGUCAAAGAUUUUUUCAUUUUGAUCAUGUUAAACAACACAUAUACAUUCACACAAGGGUGAAUCCAUAUGGUCAUAAUUUUCGUCAGCAAGAAGUUGUUAUGAUCAGUCAGGGUGAACAGAUUAACAAAAUAAACCUAGAACAGGUAUACAAUAAGUCUAGUUUGUCUAAAAAGUUCACUACAAAGUCUAGUUUAUCCGCACACACAAAUAUUCAUUCUGGAAUUAAUAAGCCAUAUGAAUGCUAUGUGUGUCAUAAAAAAUAUCAUAUUAAAAAUCAUUUAGCAAACCAUAUAAAGAUACAUUUAGGAGAAAGUCCAUAUGAAUGUGGUGUGUGUCAUAAAAAAUUUAGUCAGAAAGGUCAUUUAUCAGAACAUACAAAUAUUCAUUUAUCAGAGAGACCAUAUGAAUGUGAUGUGUGUCACAAAAAAUUUAAUCAAAAAAGUGUUUUAUCAAAACAUAAAAGUAUUCAUUUACCAGAGAGACAACAUAAAUGCGAUGUAUGUCAUAAAAGUUUUGCCCUUAAAUCUAGAUUAUCUAUACAUAAAAAUAUUCAUUUACCAGAAAGACCAUAUGAAUGUGAUGUGUGCCAUAAAAAAUUUAGGCAUAAACAUUAUUUAUCCGAACAUAAAAGUAUUCAUUUAUCAGAUAAACCAUAUGAAUGUAAUGUGUGUCACAAAAAAUUUAAUAAAAAAAGUUAUUUAUCUGCACAUAAAAAUAUUCAUUUACCAGAGAGACCAUAUGAAUGUGAUGUGUGUCAUAAAAUUUUUAGUGAUAAACGUUAUUUAUCAAAACAUAAAAAUAUUCAUUUACCAGAGAGACCAUAUGAAUGUGAUGUGUGUCAUAAAAAAUUUAAUUGUAAAAGUAAUUUAUCUAUACAUAAAAAUAUUCAUUUACCAGAGAGAUCAUAUGAAUGUGAUGUGUGUCACAAAAAAUUUAAUUAUAAUGCUAGUUUAUCUACACACAAAAAUAUACAUUUACCAGAUAGACCAUAUGAAUGUGAUGUGUGUCAUAAAAAAUUUAAUUGUAAAAGUAAUUUAUCUAUACAUAAAAAUAUUCAUUUACCAGAGAGAUCAUAUGAAUGUGAUGUGUGUCACAAAAAAUUUAAUUAUAAUGCUAGUUUAUCUACACACAAAAAUAUACAUUUACCAGAUAGACCAUAUGAAUGUGAUGUGUGUCAUAAAAAAUUUAAUUGUAAAAGUAAUUUAUCUGCACAUAAAAAUAUUCAUUUACCAGAGAAACCAUAUGAAUGUAAUGUGUGUCACAAAAAAUUUAAUAAAAAAAGUUAUUUAUCUGCACAUAAAAAUAUUCAUUUACCAGAGAGACCAUAUGAAUGUGACAUUUGUCAUAAAAAGUUUGCUCGUAAGUCUAGUUUAUCUACACACACAAAUUUUCACUCAGGUCUUGAAUGUGUUGUUGGUUAUUAAAUUCUUUUUUCACAAGGAUCUUUAAUUAUCUAUAUAUACAAGUAUUGCUUUUUUACUAAUACCACAUUUGAGGCUGAAAACACACCAUUAAUGUUUGUCAUACAAAUACUCUUCAUAGUAUUAUUUGUCAUACAAAGUAUUACUAAUGAUUAAAAUGCUAUCUAGACAUUUCACACACAGGAAGAAAAACUACAUGGAAAGAAUGGAUGUCAUGAAUCUCCAUAGCACAUUUAUUAUCUUGUACAAGGUGUUAUGGCUAGCUUUGUUUCGGUUUUUUGGAAAUAUGAUGGCUAAAUUCUUAUCCUUUAUAUUACCCAUACAACAAUACUAACCACUAAUGAACACCAACAUUUUAAAUGUACAAUUAUAAUUUGAAUCAUUGAAGUAAUAUUUACUCUAUAUUUUUCUUUAUUGAAUUUAUUCCAAUUUAUGUAAUUCUAAAUUUUGUAUAAAUAAUUAUAUAACCCAUUAAGUAAAUCAUAAUUAUGAUAAUUGAAUUGAGCAACAAAAUGUAUUAAUUAAUGUAGCUAAAAAUGAUUAAAUUUUUAAGACAUAAGAUACAAUUUAUUAUUAUGAUUAUUAUUGAUGUUUAAUUUAUCUUUUUUUAAAAGACAUAAUAAAUAUUUUCAGCUAUUAAUUAAUCAGACAGCAUUUAUUCCAUUUUGUUAGGGUUAUUAUGAUUGGAUCGGCUGUUAUUAUAUACAGAUCUAGAUCUAUCUAUCUAUCCUUAUAUAUAUAUAUAUAUAUAUAUAUAUAUAUAUAUAUAUAUAUAUAUAUAUAUAUAUAUAUAUAUAUAUAUAUAUAUAUAUAUAUAUAUAUAUAUAUAUAUAUAUAUAUAUA